AUGUUUAUGCUAUUUCUUAAAUCGGCUGCCAAAAAGAAGGCUAAAGCCGCUUUAAACGAAGAGCUCGGGGAAGGAGAGAGAAGCGCGGACGCUUACCGGCAUGGGUGCUGUUGGCGGUGUAUCCGCUGGAUAUUCCGUUGUACGUUCGGUCGAUGUGCCGCCUGCCAAGAAGGAACCUACCAGCACGACAUUCUUAUCAAUGUUUUUGGGUUUAUUUCCGGACUCUUCAUGACAACUUUUUUCUUCUGUCUCUUCAUUUUAAAAUUGGACUAUGAUGUGUAUUAUGCGUGCGGUUUAGCUGUACUUCUCGGCGCGUUUCUGAGUUUCGGACUGGCUUUUAGUUCUCCCGUACGGUGCAUGGUGUUGUUGAUGAUACCACAGCUUUUCUCAAGUACUGGUCGGAUAGUCUUAUUAGCAUACGCCAUGUUAUUGGUUAUGAGCGGGCCAAUGGCAAAUAUCAAUAAUAAUUUGAAUAUUGCCAGUAAAAGUCAGGCGUGUGGUAGCGCUUUGGCGUACAACCAAUCACAGGAGAUCUUCAAUAUGGCCACGGCGCCGCUUUCGGUGGUGAUCGACUCGGUGGAAGAAGUAGUAGAAUCCAUGAAAGAAAUUGUAAGAGAAGUUAAGACAUCGUUUGAAGGGAUAGCAGACGCCCUCGACGCCGUAGGCGACUCAAUUCAAACAUCCAUCGAUUGGUUAAACGGUAUUGUGGACAAGUGUAACGAAAAAAUGGGCGCACCGGAAACACUGUGCCGCGAAAAAUUCCAGGAUGCUGAGAAAAAGUGCAAGAGAAUUCCUGUUAUCAAUAUUGCAUGUGGCGUUAUUAGCCUGGUGGAGAACGUGUGUGCGGUAGCUGGAAUUGGAAAGCUGUUCUGUUUGAUUCCCGGUGCGAUUGUUGGCUUAAUUGUCAGUACUAUCACAACAGGUUGCACCAUGGUGUUAGACGAACUUGAGAAAGAGUUCUACGUCAAUGUCGACAUUAGUCAUAAUUUUUCGUACGACGCAAACACGUCCAAAACGGUUUCCCAAAUCACGGAGGGAAUAUCUCGCGAGAUUGAAAAAAGAACGAGAAUAUUCAGCACAAUUCUGAUGUGGGCCAGUCGUGGGUUGGCGUUGACCAUACUUUGGAUAUUUCUAAAAGCGUGGAUAUAUCGACGGAAAUAUUUAGCGAAAGAUCGAUUCGAUAACUGCUACAUUACGUCAUUGUUUGUUGAAAUGGACGACAAGAGGAUGGCAAUGGACAAGGAAACUAUCUUGCCAUUGCGAAGAAUGGAACGCGGGAAAUUCAUACGUCCGUUUUCCCUAAGAUUAGCUCGAAUGGAGAGAUUUAGCAUGAUUACUGGAUUAGUGUUAUGGUUUGCACAGGGAUUAUGGACUGCUCUGAUUAUGAGUGCAGACUAUGGUGCCCAUUGGCUGCUACAUAUGAUAGCAGUUCAUGCUACAGUCAAAACACAGGCUCAAAGUACACACGAUGUGCGCAUGCGUGUUGAUGGAGAGGGCCUCCUUGCAGACUUGUACAGAGUAGUAAUCAGCGGAUUUGAUCCUAUGACUGGUAGGAACUUCAGCGUCGAUACGACAAAGUGUUUACCGAUGGCACGACCACCGGAUAUACCCUUAUAUAGUACAAUAGGUACUAUUUACGGGAUAGCUCUGUUCCUUGUAUUGACGGAAGCAUAUGGAUUACGACUUCGCCGCGUGGUGGCAGCAUAUUACUACCCACAGAGAGAGCGGGAACGAAUUGCGUGGCUGUACACGCACAUUUUAAAAAGAAGAGGUGGUUUUUUGAGGUUUCUGAGAAAAGCAAUAAGAAAAAAUUCUAAAAACUCCCAUCCGACAGAGAAGGUCUCCAUGAUUGAUUUCUGUGCGGCAAUGUUUCCAAUGGUUGAAAAAAUUCUUAAAAUGUGCGGUAUUGAGAAAAAAUACUGCUUGGGGUGUGGGCAGUCUGGUGAUAAAGAUGACACCGAAAACUUUAAACAUUGUGUCAACCAUGGAUGCAAAGGUAUAUAUUGUAUAAUGUGUUUUGCCGACUUGAAUAAUAUGUGUACGCUGUGCAUGAAACCUGUGGACUAUGGCGAUUACUCAGAUUUAAGUGAAGAAAGAGAUUCCAGUGAUGAAGAACCUCUGCUUGUAAUAGAUAAAGAUAAAGAUAAAGCCGCCGGGAGUGCAGAUGACAGUGCUUCAGAUUAUGAAUAUUCCGAUACUGAUGAUGAUGAAUAUGAUGACGAUGACGAUGAUGAUUGA